AGUCUCCGCCGACCUCUUGGAGGGGCGACGCGGCUCCGAGCACUCUCUUUCACCCACUUCUUCUUUUUUUCCCUCCCCUCCCCUCUUCCCGGGGCGUGGUGUGUGUGUGUGUUUGUAAGCCGCGCGCGGGUGUGUGUUUGUGUGUGCGUGUGUAUAUGUGUGGCCGUCCGCUCAAUCACAUGGUGUUUUAAGAAAUGCUCCAAAGAUGGCGGUAGCGGCGGCCGGAGGCGUCGGCCGGCUGCAGCGGAGCGGCGCGCUGGAAGUUUUGGUGCGCGACCGGUGGCACCGGGUGCUGGUGACCCUGGGCGGCGAGGCGCUGGUGCUGAGUGGCGAGGAAAGCGGAGGCGCCGCGGCUUACAACGGCAUCGGGGCAGCCUCGGCGGGCAAUGGAACUUUCUGCGGCAGAGGAGCCGGCGGUGGUGGGGCGUCGAGGACGGCCGCCGCCGCCGCCGCCGCUUGUCCCCUGCCCGGCGCGGCCUCGCCCGAGUCGCCGUCGGGGAGCAGCUACAACAGCAGCGGCAACAACAACGGAGGCGGCGGGAACCCCAAGGCGCCGGUCGGAGUUCGGACGGCGCUGACCGACUUGCCCGAGCAAGUGCCCGAAGCCGUCUCCAACCAGAAGCGGUGCGUCAAGGUGCUGAAGCAAGAGAUGGGCGGUUUGGGCAUCAGCAUCAAAGGGGGCAAAGAGAACAAGAUGCCCAUCCUCAUCAGCAAGAUCUUCAAGGGCUUGGCGGCCGACCAGACCCAGGCGCUCUACGUCGGCGAUGCCAUCCUGACCGUCAACGGCGCGGAUUUGCGCGAUGCCACCCACGACGAAGCCGUGCAGGCGCUCAAGAGGGCGGGCAAGGAGGUCGUGCUGGAAGUGAAAUACAUGCGAGAAGCCACCCCCUAUGUGAAGAAAGGUUCUCCCAUUUCUGAAAUUGGAUGGGAAACUCCUCCUCCUGAGUCCCCCCGUUUGGGCAACCCAACCAUCGAUCCCCUGUUGCCUCUGUCUCUCAACAUCCACCGAGACAAAAAGACCAUCCCACUCAAAAUGUGCUAUGUGACGCGGAACAUGGCUAUGUUAGAUCCAGAAAACAGGAUUGUUGAAGUUCAUUCACCGGAUGCCAAGCACAUCUUGGUGCUAAGGAGUAAAGACGCGAGCACCGCCCAGGCCUGGUUCUAUGCCAUCCACUCCUGUAUCAGCGAGCUCAUUCCCAAAGUGAUCUCAGAGGUCAAAGAUCAGCUGGGUAAAGCAGGACUAGCCGGAGGCCGAGAAAUUAGGCACUUGGGUUGGCUGGCAGAAAAGGUGCUGGGAGAGAAUGAGAAACCUUGGAAAGCUGUUUUGGUUGCCUUGACGGAGAAGGAUCUCUUGAUAUUUGAAAGCAUGCCACGCAUCAAGGAAGCUUGGUUUAGUCCACUGCAUUCCUACCCUCUCUUAGCUACCAGGUUGGUACAUUCAGGACCCGGGAAGGGCUCUCCACAAUCUGGGGUAGAUUUGUCCUUUGCCACUCGAACAGGUACACAACAAGGUAUCGAGAGCCAUCUUUUCAAAAGCGAGACUAGCCGAGACCUUUCCCUGUGGACCCGGAGCCUAGUUCAAGGUUGCCACAACGCAGCUGAACUCUCUGUGGAAGUCACCACAGCUUGCACGUACAAAAACCAGGAGUGCCGUUUGACCAUCCAUUAUGACCAUGGAUUUUCCCUCACCACCGAACCCCAAGUUGGUGCCUUUCCCAAAACCAUCUUCCGGUAUCCCUACGAGAAGCUAAAAUCAUCUUCAGAUGAUGGGAUUCGGAUGCUGUAUUUGGACUUUGGAGGGAAGGAAGGUGAAAUUCAACUGGACCUUCAUUCCUGUCCAAAGCCGAUCGUAUUCAUCAUUCAUUCAUUCCUUUUUGCCAAGAUUACAAGACUUGGAUUGGUAGCAUAAAUUCUGUCUGUCAUUGGCAAGAACAAAAA